UGACCCCCGCGGGGUGCAGGGGGAGGGGAGACCCCCCCCAGGGCUCAGGCUCGCUUGGGGGUCAGUGGCCCCAGCGUGGGGCACCCCGAGGGGGCAUUUGCUCUUCUGGGGUGUCGAGGGGAGCCCAGUUGACCCUUAGGGUUUCUUUUGUGGGGUUUGGGACUGAUUUGGGGGCACCCCGGGGGCCCAGAGGUGUCCGUCCCCCUGGGCCGGGCUGUGGGAGGGGUGAGGGGCCCCCCGUGUCCCAUGCCCCCCUGCUGGCCCUGAGGGGGGGGUCAGUGGUUUAUUGAGGGGGGGCCACCAUGGCCUCGGUGCCCGUCUACUGCCUGUGCCGGCUGCCCUACGACGUGACCCGCUUCAUGAUCGAGUGCGACAUCUGCCAGGACUGGUUCCACGGCAGCUGCGUCGGGGUGGAAGAGGACGCGGCCGCUGACAUCGACCUGUAUCACUGCCCCAACUGCCAGCUGGCGCACGGCCCCUCCGUCAUGAAGCGGCGCCGGGGGCCCCAGAAGCAGCAGGACGCGGGGCUGAGCCGAGAGGCGGGUGCCACAGUGCGGACGGGCAGCGCCCAGUUCAUAAAGGAGCUUCGGGCCCGGACGUUCCCCAGCGCGGACGAGGUGAUCCUGAAGCCCAGCGGGGCGCAGCUGACAGUCGAGUUCCUGGAGGAGAACAGCUUCAGCGUCCCCAUCCUGGUGCUGAAGAAGGACGGGCUGGGCAUGACGCUGCCCCCCCCAUCCUUCACCGUGCGGGACAUCGAGCACUACGUGGGCCCCGACAAAGAGAUCGACGUGAUCGACGUGAGCCGCCAGGCUGACCUCCGCAUGCGCCUGGGUGACUUCGUCAGCUACUUCGGUGCCGCCCGGCGGGACAAGGUGCUGAACGUCAUCAGCCUGGAGUUCUCCGAGAGCCGGCUGUCGAACCUGGUGGAGACCCCGAAGAUCGUGCGGAAGUUGUCGUGGGUGGAGAACCUGUGGCCGGGCGAGUCGGUGUUCGAGCGGCCGAGCGUGCAGAAGUACUGCCUGAUGGGCACGCAGGGCAGCUACACCGACUUCCACAUCGACUUCGGGGGCACGUCCGUCUGGUACCACGUGCUGUGGGGCGAGAAGAUUUUCUACCUGGUGCGGCCCAGCCCGACCAACCUGGCCCGGUUCGAGGCCUGGAGCAGCUCAUCCAACCAGAGCGAGACGUUCUUCGGGGACCAGGCCGAGCACUGCUACCGGUGCCCCCUGCGCCAGGGCCAGACGCUCUUCAUCCCCACGGGCUGGAUCCACGCCGUGCUGACCCCCAUCGACUGCCUGGCGUUCGGGGGCAACUUCCUGCACAGCCUCAACAUCGAGAUGCAGCUCAAGGCCUACGAGAUAGAGAAGCGUCUGAGCACGGCCGAUCUCUUCAGAUUUCCCAACUUUGAAACUAUCUGCUGGUACGUCGGCAAACAUCUCCUGGACAUCUUCCGAGGCCUGCGGGAGAACCGCCGACACCCGGCCGCCUACCUGGUGCACGGAGCGAAAGCUCUGAACACGGCGUUCCGCGCCUGGACCCGCAGAGAGGUGCUGGAGGAACACGAGGACGAAAUCCCCGGCACCGUGCGUCCUGCACAGCUCAUCAAAGACCUGGCCAAGGAAAUCCGCCUGGUCGAGGAUAUCUUUCAGCAGAACAUCGGGAAGACGGGCAGCCCCUUCGGGGUGCAGCGGGCCCCCCCGCCCGGCGCCAGGAGGGGGGACCAGAGCCCCCAGGAGCCGGGCCGGAGGGGAGGCCGGAAGGGGCGCGAGGGCCCAGCUGCCGGCGCCCCCACGAGGCUGGACUUGGAGCUGCUGGACACGUGCACGGAGCCGCCAACGCUGGAGAGUAGCGAGAGCCCCCAGGCGGAGGAGUUUGACGUUCCCAGCUCCAGCCUGGAGGAGACGGACGGGGAUUCGGAGCUGGCCGAAGGGGAGCUCACCUUGGUGCUGGCCGACGGCCGGCCUGUGCGGCCGAAGCGGGCCAGGGGCUCAGGGCGCCGGCGGCCCCGCCCCUCCCACUCCCCGUCGCCCCCCCAGCUCCCCGGGUGCCCAGGGGCUGGACCUCGACUCGGAGGAGGACUUGCAGAUCGACGAGGCGCCUCCCCGCAAGGACCGGCGGGGCCCAGCGCCCCCCAGGAGACUGGCCAAAUUCCCCAGGAAGCGGCCAAACCCUGCUCUGACCCCAACCGCGUGCGGGAGCCUGGGGAGGUCGAGUUCGACAUCGAGGAGGACUACACCACUGAGGACGAGGGCGGCUCGGGAGACGAGGGGCUGGGGCCGGGGGGCAGCGCGGCCGGGAUCCUCGACCUGCUCAAGGCCAGUCGCCAGGUGGGGGGGCCCCACUACGAGGAGCUCAGCGAGGCGCCGGCCUCGCCCAGCACGCAGGAGGCGAUCCAGGGCAUGCUCUGCAUGGCCAACCUGCAGGCGGCCGGCUCCUCGCCCGGCCGCCCGGCCUGGUGGUCCCCGGGCCACGAGCGCGGCUGGGGCGGGCGGUCGGGCACCAAGCGCCCCCGCAGGAGACCCCCGACGCGGGCGCCCGCCCACAGCACGGACAGCGAGGGCGAGACGGGCAGCCUGGACGAGCAGGAGAGCCUGGGCGCCUGCUUCAAGGACGCCGAGUUCAUUUACCCCUCUCUCGAGUCUGACGAGGACGACCCAGCCUUGAAGUCGCUACCAAAAAGAAGUAAUGUACUGGAUGACGCCCCCUGGAGCCCGAAAGCCCGGGUGACCCCGACGCUGCCCCGCCAGGACCGGCCCGUGCGCGAGGGGACCCGAGUGGCGUCAGUCGAGACGGGGCUGGCGGCUGCCGCAGCCAAGCUGGCGCAGCAGGGACAGGCGGGUGGGCAGGCGGGGGGCACCGUGUUCCAGGGACAGGCGGGGGGCACUGUGUUCCAGGGACAGGUGGGGGGCAGGCGGGGGGCACCGUGUUCCAGGGACAGGAACACCAGCGGCUGCAGCGGCGGAAGAGCCAGGCCAAGCGAAGGGCCCCGUCCCCGAAGGAGCCGGAUCCGGAGCCUGAUCCGGAGCCUGAUCCGGAGCCGGAACCGGAGCCAGAACCGGAGCCGGAGGUGCCCGCUGUGCCAGACAGCGCCCCCGGGGCGGCCCCCCGCGCCCCCCACCCCCGAGCCGAAGGCGGAGCCCUAUGCCGGCAGCCUGGCCGACCACGAGUACACAGCCCGGCCCAGCGUCUUCGGCAUGGCUCAGCUCAGCCGCGGCACCACCCCCAUGGCCCCCGGCGUCUUCCUGUCCCAGCGCCGCCCCUCCGCCGGCACCCCCGGCACCCCGCCCGCUCAGGGGAAGCGCCCCAGGAAGGGCCUGGCCACGGCUAAGCAGCGGCUCGGCCGCAUCCUCAAGAUCCAUCGCAACGGGAAGCUGCUUCUCUGAGCCCCAUGGAGCCGGGGGGGGGGCAGCACGGACCGCGCCCCCCCCCCCGGGACUGCACAGGGGCGGGGGCUUGCCUGGCACCUCCACCGAUUGGCUGCUGU